AGUUGACACAGUUAUUGUGUUCAAGUUGCGUGAUACGAUCUAAGUCAAGUGACUAAAUCUAGAGUGGCCAUUGGGUAAAAUAAGAUCAACUAUUAUCUUGAUAGAGUUUACAGUUCAAACACAACCAAAUAUGGGUGGCUGUGUAGCAAUUCAUUCCAGAUAUUAUUUCUAUUUUGUGGCAUUUACCAUCAUUAGCUGCAGUGUACGAGUGGUCCAUGGAAGUGACGUCAGACCAAAUGUUGUGUUCAUUGUGGUGGAUGACCUCGGCUGGGACGAUGUGGGCUAUCAUGGAUCCACACAGGUGAAGACUCCAAACAUUGACAUGUUAGCUGCCAGUAGCAUAGACCUCGACUCACAUUACGUCAACCCUCUUUGUUCACCCUCAAGAGCCGCCCUUCUAACAGGCAGAUACCCCAGUAGUCUAGGUCUGCAACACAGUGUCAUAAUUCAGGGCCAGAGAGUGGGAGUGCCCCUGAAUGAGACUAUGCUGUCAGAACACUUGAGACGAGCAGGCUAUGCUACUCAUGCCAUCGGCAAAUGGCAUUUGGGCUACUUUGCCAAACAGUACACUCCGACAGGCCGAGGAUUUGAUUCGUUUUACGGGUACUACAACGAAAACACAGAUUAUUACGAUCAUACAUCUAGUCUGGACUUUACAUUAGCUGAUAAACAUAAUCCAGCAUGGGGCUUAGACUGGCGUAUGGAUGAGAAUGGUACGUUCCGCUUUGUGUACGAGGACUUUGGUAAGUACUCAACCGACAUUCUCACUGACCGAGCAGUACAAGUUGUUCAGAACUACAGCAAGAGUGAACAGCCUUUGUUCAUGUACCUUGCUUAUCAGGCCAUCCACAGUGCAAACGAAGCGGAGCCUCUGCAGGCCCCCCAAGAGGAUGUAAAUCAGUUCCGUACUAUCUAUGACCCUCGAAGGAGAACUACAGCCGGCAUGAUCUACAAUCUGGAUAAGAACAUCGGCAGACUCGUCCAGACACUGGAGUACACUGGAAUGCUGAACAAGACUCUUCUGGUGCUGCUCACAGACAAUGGGGGACCCACUCUCAACUGUGACUUCAGCUGGGCUAGCAACUAUCCCCUCAGGGGCAGUAAACACACUCUCUACGAGGGCGGAGUCAGAGGCGUGGCGCUGGUCCGCAUGCCUCACAUGACCUCUGCUGACGCCAGAGUGAGCAAGGGCCUUGUGCACGUGGCUGAUUGGGUUCCAACAGUGUUGGAGGCGGUUGGACUCUCCAUUCCGUCCCAACUUGAUGGUGUGAGCCAGUACAACAGUCUCGUCUCUGGAAAUGAGUCCCCUAGGGAAGAGCUGCUCCACAACGUGGACCAGAGGACAAAUUACUCCGCAGUUCGUGUGGGCGAUAUCAAACUCAUCGUGGGCAAAUGGAAGAACGGUUACGGGGGCUGCCCAAACAAUGCCGGCUGGUACACCCCUCCAGGAUCCACCCCAAUGACUUCAUAUGUCACUCCGAGCCCAACAGUAAAAUGUGAAGGGCAACAGCCUUCCAACAGUCAAAACGAAUGCAUGUCUGAGGAUCUACAGAUGAGUGCUUGUAUGUUCAACAUCACUGCAGAUCCCUGUGAGUACAUCAACAUCAUCGACCACCCCUCUUUAGUCUCAGUGAGGACCCACGCAUUACAGAGACUGAACUACUACUAUUCGAAAGCUGUUCCCCCCAAGUGGCCUCUACCCGACCCCACCUCCCUUCCCCCUCUGCACAACUACACCUGGGUACCCUGGACAAACGACACCACUAUUUGGUAGACCGAAAGCGACAUCAAAUAAAGAAAGCUGUGGCAUCAACUCCCAAAUAUUAUCACAAGCUCAGCCUAAAAGUAACUCAAUACCACUACCUUCUUUAUUUUAUUAUAUGAAAUUCAACGCUUUUAUUCGAAA